AUGAAACAAAUUGGUUUGUCAGAGGGGCUAAUACGGCCUUUUUGUAGUGACUUGUUUGGCAGAGGUGGCUUGGUGUGGUCUCAGUCUGAAACAGAAUUUGAAGAAAAGAUAUCGCACCUUGUUGAAGAGUGGGAUUCACUUGAGAGGAGUGAGCGACAAGGAGAGCCCAAAUUCUCUACACACUUCUUGGAAAACAAGAAGCAAGAUAUGAAGAGUAAAAUGUGCAAGUUUGUAGUCAAGGACUUGGGAGUGGGUGAUGGCCCAUACAACCGGAACAUCCCUGAAUCAUUGAAUGGUCUUCUGAAAGACUGGAAUAAUUUCAAACCGCAAGAAAUGGACAAGCUGAUCCUUGCCCUUUAUGAUCUAGUUCAGAGUUUUAAUGAGGAGGAAGAGCUACAAUCUUGGACAAAACUGUUGAGAAAAUGUCACAUUCUCAGACCAUUUUUCCUAACAUUCUCGCUAUACCGCGUCCUCCCUUCCCCCCUCCCCUUGGAAGCAAUGUUGUUGUGUGUUCUAAAGCAACCCUGAUUCUUAAACAUUUGUAGGAAACAACAUUGACCUGGGGGAAGGGGAAUUUGGUACCGCAAAUCAGUUGUUUUUGAAAUAGUGUUGUUGCGUUACAUAGUGUGCAUGGAGGGGUAAAAAUUCUCAAGUAGUUUUGUCCGGGAUUGUAUAUCACUGAAGUUGUGGAUUUGACGCAUGUAGCGUGGUUAUAUAAGCCUCUCCUUUAUAUAUUAGGUACAUUUUACAGUUAAUGAGAUAAUUGAUGAGAAAUUAGUGACUUCACAGAAGUUAAUCACUAAAAAAGUCUUUUGUACGUUGCAUUAUAUUCAAAUCGUCAGUCGUAAACGAUCUUGAAUUUGUUGGCUGACCAUCGUUUUCACGCGCGCUUUAAGCGCCGAGGAACGGGCAUACAUUGCAUAUUUAGUACAUGAUAAGAAUGUCUCCAUUAAGGAUAUUAGCAGCAAAACAGGAGUUUCAGUGGCUACCAUCUAUAGGUUGAAGCAAACAAAAAUAGGAGGGCGGAAACAUUGUACACGAACGCCUGUAAAACAUCCAGGUGGGGGCCCGAAAAAACUGACUACGCGAGAUGAAAGACAUCUACUGCGGUGUAUUCCUGUUUUAAGGGAAGAGGAAGGAAAUUUCUGCGCGAAAAGGUUAAUGCAGAGAGCCGGGUUGAGUAAGAAGAAGGUAACCGAUCGAACUGUACGGCGAUGUUUGAACGAAAACGGCUAUUACUAUCUACAAGCACGCGAAAAGGGCCUGAUGACUAAAAACGAUCAGAGGAAACGCAGGAUAUUCGCAAAACAAGUACAGGGCAACUAUUCUGCGGAUGUGUGGAUUUCAAAAGUGGCUUUUUACCUCGAUGGUGUAAGUCUGUUUUAUAAACGCAAUCCCGCAGAUCAAGCGAGAGCACCUAAGGGGCGUAUAUGGAAAAAGAAGUGCGAAGGACUGAGCCUGGGUUGUACCGCGAAAGGUUCAAAAGAGAGGAGUGGGGGAAAGGUACUGAAGUUGAUGGCUGCCAUAAGCUACGGAAAGGGAGUGUUAAUGUGUCAUCCGUACAAAUACUUUGACGGGCCAACCUUUGCUGCAUUUGUAAGGGAGAAGUUUCCUGAGAUGUUUCGUAAAGCGGGGAAAAAAGGUCCACGCAUUUUUGUACAAGAUAAUGACCCCGUGCAAAAUUCUGGGAGUGUACGCCGAGCUCUGAACGCCUUAAAAGGAAAGCAACUGAAGAUUCCUCCCCGGAGUCCGGACGUCAAUCCCAUUGACCAAUCCCCAGAAGCUGAGGCAGCAAGCACUGAAACAAAACAUAAUACAUGAAACAUUCCGUGAAUUGUCAGACCGUGUGACAACAACUUUAAAUAAUUUUUCUAUCGCAGAAAUUGAUAAGAUCAUCGAGUCUAUGAAUAACCGCUUACAAUUGAUAAAACAAUCAAAUGGACAGAGGAUUAAAUAUUAACUAAACUCGAAUGUUUACUUUACAAAUUGAAAUGUUUACUUUCUUUUAGACAUUGUAGCGAGUGCAAAAACUAUAAUGUCAUGCGCAACAACGUGACAACAUGCACUAUCGCGUGACGUGUAACAUUGCCACUAUUUUCCUGUGCUUCAUAUUCACAUUAGACCGAAAAAAAUUACAACAUAGAUUCGUUAUUUAGAAACAAACAGAUAAUAAAUGUUGCGACAGUGGCCUCCUAACCUCUUUCUGUUCAGAAGAUCUAUGAUUUGGAACGGUUAACAGGACAUUUGAAAGACCCUAUGAAAAUUGGCAACGAUUAACAACGAAUAACAACGUCUUCUAUAAAGAAUUAGAAGGUCAUUCACUUAUUUCAGUGAAAUUGUGUUAACCGUUUCAAUGUUCUGUUAAUCGUGAUAUUAUUCUAUGUAUGGUAUCGUCCUAAAAAGUUAACCGAUUUUUACGAACAAAGUUUGUCUAACCCUGAAAGUUUAACCUAGUAUCAGAUCGGAGAAACAUUUCCCACAAGAUGAGAUCACGCGCUGCGAUUCCCGAGGGAUUACGUAACUCAACUCAAACAAGUUCCACCGUACUUUCAUCAUCUCAGUCUCUCGCUGAUCUAGCACGCCAUUUUUGAGAAAGAGAAUUGGAUACUUAGUAGUACAAAAAAUCGGUGUAUCGGACUUCACAGUAAUGUCCUUAGAGAAAUGGGUCUUUGGGGCGGGUAGAUGUACAGUUUGACCCUCUAGUAGAAGCAAGAAAUCAUGCCAUGGGAUCAAUUGAGGAGACCAGCGGAAGUCGUUGAGGAAAAUGCAUUCUGCUUUGUCAACCCCAACCCAAGCAAAGGUUCCUGUUGCAGGGUUGCUGAAUGUGUCGUAGAUAGUUGUCAGUGGGUUCAAUAAAAAUGUUUUCCCGCAAUUUGCUGGACCUGUUAACAUAAUAUUCUUGUGCUUUCCACGCCCGUUCACCAGUAAAUCCUUCACAGCAGUGCGGAAAAAUUCCAGAGAAAUGCCGUUGUUGUGUAAAAUUUGUUGCGCACACGUUAACCACUCACCAUUACAACCUGUUACACAGGAGCCAGUUUUAGCAUCCUCUAGAAGGUCCAUGCGACUUUUGCGCAACCGUGCCAACUUCUUGGGCGCAUUCUCGAUCUCCCAAGCAGUUUGUAAUACAUCGGCGACAACCUUUGGGUUGCGGUUAACUAAAAAUUCCGCCAAAUCUGUCUUGCCUUCUUUUUUUUGUUCAAAUGCUAAGGCUUGAAGUUCUGUAAGAGUUGUGACAUUUCUUUUAACAAUUAUUUCUCCCACCUCAUACGCGGUAAGUCUCCACCUUUUUUUCCUCCCGUUAGCGGUGGAGUUCCCAUCGCUAUCUUCCUCCUCCUCGUCCGCGCUUGAUAUUUCCGAGUUAGUAGUAUUUCCAGGACUUCUUUUCCGACGUUGACGUCUCGAACGGCUUGCAGAGCUUGUCUGUGGCUCCGUGUCAUCUAGACGGGGAUGUCCUUCACUCUUGAUGUAGCAUGCGUCGGACUUCGUAACAUACUUCCACGCUCUAUAAUAAUUAUAAUGCCGAUUUGAAUAGUGAACGCUUAUUCUGUACACAUCAAGUAGAUAUGUUUUCCAUGAUAUCCAACGUUGAUUUCGGUCUAGUUUUAUAGCUAGAUGAAAGUGUAAUCCUCCAUCCUUGUGUUCUUCCAAACAACAUGACCAGUGCUUUACUUUGGCAUGUCCUUGAGAAAACGAUUCUACUACUGCACUUGCAAAAUCUUCCCGUCUGGCAAAUUUGUCCAUAUCGGCUUGACUGUAUGUCACAAGAUAAACACUCCUUACGUCUUGGCUACUAAGAGAAGAGCCAUCCCGGUCUUCUUCAAACUCUUCUGACAACAAUAAAAUACUUUGCGAAUUUUCUAAACCUUCCAUCUCUGAACAACAGGACAAAAGGUAACAAUGCGCACGCGUUAUAGCACUAUUGCAAAAUCUUUCUGUUUUCGCAAGGUACUCUAAAAAACCGAAAAAGAGCUCGUACUUUUCUAUGAGAAGAUCAUGUGGUGUAAAACUUCGUGUCCAAAACAGCCUCUGUAGAGUGUUUUUUAUUAACACCAUUUCAUUUGGUCAUUCAUAAUUUUCGUGCGGGAAAACGCAAAACACCGUAGACACAAUCUUGGACAAAACUGUUGAGAAAAUGUCACAUUCUCAGACCAUUUUUCCUAACAUUCUCGCUAUACCGCGUCCUCCCUUCCCCCCUCCCCUUGGAAGCAAUGUUGUUGUGUGUUCUAAAGCAACCCUGAUCCUUAAACAUUUGUAGGAAACAACAUUGACCUGGGGGAAGGGGAAUUUGGUACCGCAAAUCAGUUGUUUUUGAAAUAGUGUUGUUGCGUUACAUAGUGUGCAUGGAGGGGUAAAAAUUCUCAAGUAGUUUUGUCCGGGAUUGUAGCAUGGUUUGGCCUCUCAGAGAAAUGGGAAGUACGAAAAGAGUUUCAGCACCUUCACCCCAAACCAUUCAGUAGCCUCUCGCCAGAAGAGCGUCAGACAGAAAUGUCUAGGGUGCGGCGCAUCAGGCCAGAUGCAGUUGCCUAUAAGAAGUGUAGGUCAUUUAAGUUUGAAAGCAAGCUGCCUGCAGCACAAUCAGGUGCCAGCAACGUAAAGGUACGAGUAGCUGGUAGAAAAUAUAACAAAAGAUUGGACUGACUGUAUGUUUACACACCAACAUCAAACGUUAACUGCUGAAGUAAGGCCUUGCUGUUGUAUUCUACAUUCAGAAAUUAAAAAGCCUCCAAAUAAGCUGUGGAGUUUGCAGCUUUACCCUUGUGGUGUUAAUUAAAUCAGCUGGUGAGAAGAGAGAUAGUGAUGGUUGUUCCAAUAAUGUCUGUGCUAUAAUCACGGUGAAAAUCAUUUUAUAUAAAUUGGACAGCCUUUCAGUGCAGAUUCUUGCACUGUGUAUAAUAAAGAUUACAUAAAAAUCUUUGCAUUCUAAAUGUAAUAAGAGGUUGGGGCAAGCAAUAAUAUAUCCUUUAUACUUUGGUAGCAAUGCAAGUAGGUGAUUUUACUGUUGCAUGCUUAGUAGUGAUUAUAGGCCUUCAAGGGAAAGAUAGGUUAUAUUUUUGUAAUUAGGCGCUUUAAAACACAUCACAUAAAAAAAUAGUGAAGUAAAAAGGACAAGACAAAGACAAAAAUAACAUCUACAUGAGAUUGUGACAAAUCUUACUUUUUUUUUCAACAUGGCAUUCGUACAGAGAAGUACUUUUGAAUUGUUAUCUUUUUUUUUAAACAGCUUUUCUUGAUGCUUCAUUCCGUACAUGUAUCUUAAAGAGUUUUUUUAUUCAUCUCUGUAAGAACCAAGACCAAUCCCAAGUGGGAACAUUCCCUUCAGAUUAUGUGAAAAGUCUAAGGCAGCACUUUAGCAGUGAAGAGAUAUCAGGGCUGACAGUGAAGGCAGAUGCUUUGAUAGCUAAUAGGCGCUUCAGAGAAGGCUUCCAAGACGGCAGUUUCUUUGUGGAUAGUGGUGUUGCUGUUCCACAUAAAGUAAUUUGUUACAAGAGUGGGAAGACAACGUGUUCAUGUUCAUUUUUUGCUAGAAACAACCUGUGUUUUCAUGCUCUGGGAAUUGCUAAGCACAAAGACAGGCUUCCCGGCCUCCUUAAAUGUUCUCCUGGCAGAAACCUUAAUAACCUUGCAACAAAUAAUGCGCCAAAGCGGGUGGGUAGGAAAGUCCCCCCACGAAAGAGAGCAACAAACACAGCUGUAUGUACACCCCACCUUUUAGAAGAUAGAAAUCAAGGGUCCGACCAUCUUUCUGUUGAACAGGUGGAUCCCUCAAAGAUCAUCAUUCGCAAAAAAGAUAGGCCAGAAGAUCCCCCAAUCACCUCUCCCCUUGAUGUUAAGAAGAUAGCAGGAGGCAUAAGAAAGUGUGCAGGUUGCAGUAAAGAGAUUAAGAGCGUUGUAAUCGGGUUCAACCAGGAUGAAGAUUCCCAG